UAGUGGAGGGAGAGGAUGAAGGGGAAUAGUAAUGACGAGCCUGGAGUGAAGAAGUCUCUGGAGGAAUAACGCGGAGGUUUGAGCGCCUUCUGCACCAGCUGAAGUGUGCACAUAUAGUUUCACUUUGACGCGUCACGGGUUUGUUUGUGCUGCCUUCAUUGACUGCUUGGAGCCGCAGAGACGCGACUCAAACUCCGACAGCAGCUGCUGAUCUUUGCCUUAGAUCCCCGCCUGGACCGAGUGACAGGGAAGCUCCUCAACGUCUACAGAAGCUUCUGGAAUAGUUCCUACAGUGAGGACUUGUCUUCUUCAGAGUAUGCAGUAGAGAAACCGGCAGCAUCAGCAUAUUCAUCAUCACUGUAGAUCCCUCCUGACAUGGCCUCUUCCCCCGGGCUGGACUGCGACUCUUUACCACUGCUUCAGCUCCAGGAGGUGGACUCCAGCAAAGUCUCUGAGAGGCCCGGCUCCCCAGGUCUCCUGCCUGCCGUGUACACCCCUCCUCGGAGCAUGGACAGCCACACCGUCUACAUCCCCUCCCCAUACACGGACAAUAACCAUGAGUACAACCAUGGCCAUGGACCUCUGAGCUUUUACAGCCCGUCUGUGCUGAGCUAUGCCCGACCGCCCGCCACAGACAGCCCGUCAUCUCUGUGUGCCCCCCUUAGCCCGUCAGCCUUCUGGCCCCCCCACAGUCACCCCAACCUGCCCUCACUGACUCUCCGCUGUCCACAGCCUCUUGGCUACAAUGAACCCGGCUUACAUGCACCCUGGCUGGAGUCCAAACCACACAACAUCAACGGCAGCAGCUCCAUCAUCAACUGUAACAAGCCGCCUGGGAAGAGAUCAGAAGAAGGACUGGAUGGUGUGAACCCCUCGUUGUGUUCGUCUGCAGUGGGGAAAGCCGACAUGCACUUCUGCGCCGUGUGUCACGACUACGCCUCGGGGUACCACUACGGCGUGUGGUCCUGCGAGGGCUGUAAAGCCUUUUUCAAGAGGAGUAUCCAAGGACACAAUGACUACAUCUGCCCUGCCACAAAUCAAUGCACUAUCGACAAGAACCGACGUAAAAGCUGCCAAGCCUGCCGCCUCCGUAAAUGCUACGAAGUGGGCAUGAUGAAAUGUGGUGUGAGGCGUGAACGCUGCAGCUAUCGAGGAACCCGACACCGCCGUGGUGGACCCCAGCCUCGGGAUCCCGCAGGCAGGGGUUUGGUCAGGAUGGGGAUUGGUGCUCGAGCACAACGGCAUCUCCACCUGGAGGGGCCCCUCGCCCCAGUCGCCCCCCUCCCUCAGAUGAACCAUGUAUACAAUGCAGCCAUGAGCCCAGAGGAAUUCAUCUCACGCAUCAUGGAAGCAGAGCCACCGGAGAUCUACCUCAUGGAGGAACUGAAGAAGCCCUUUACCGAGGCGAGCAUGAUGAUGUCCCUCACCAACCUGGCAGACAAGGAACUGGUCCUCAUGAUCAGCUGGGCUAAAAAGAUCCCUGGCUUUGUAGAGCUGAGUCUCGCUGAUCAGAUUCACCUCCUGAAGUGCUGCUGGUUGGAAAUUCUGAUGUUGGGCCUGAUGUGGAGGUCUGUGGAUCAUCCUGGAAAACUAAUCUUCUCUCCAGACUUCAAACUCAACAGGGAGGAGGGCCAGUGUGUGGAGGGCAUCAUGGAGAUCUUCGACAUGCUGCUGGCUGCCACCUCUCGGUUUCGUGAGCUGAAGCUGCAGAGGGAGGAGUACGUCUGUCUGAAGGCCAUGAUCCUCCUCAACUCCAAUCUGUGUACGAGCUCCCCUCAGACAGACGAGGAGCUGGAGAGCAGGAACAAGCUGCUGCGUCUGCUGGACUCGGUGAUUGAUGCUCUCGUCUGGGCCAUUUCCAAACUGGGCUUGUCGACCCAGCAGCAGACUCUGCGCCUCGGACACCUCACCAUGCUGCUCUCCCACAUCCGCCACGUCAGUAACAAAGGCAUGGACCAUCUGUCCACCAUGAAGAGGAAGAAUGUGGUGCUGGUGUACGACCUCCUCCUAGAGAUGCUAGACGCCAACACUUCAAGCAGCAGCAGCAGUCAAUCAUCGUCCUCACCAAGCUCGGACACGUACUCGGACCAGCAUCAAUACCCCCAACAUCAGUCUCACCUGCAGCCGACCUCAGACCAGACCACAGCCGACCACAAUCACGUGCCUGCACAGGGGCCAGCUGAAGGCCACAUCCUGGACGAACAGCUGCACGCUCUGCCUCUUCAAUCAUCUCCUCCGUUUCACAGUCAGAUGGUCGGCUGCCACAUGGACAGAAAUGAUUACAUCCAUCAGCAGCAGUGGUCAAUGGAUACCGAGGAUGCAGGUCCAUCAAUGGGCCCAACGCACUACAUCAUCCCUGAUCGAGGUGUCAUGGACACUGCUUUGGAGGCGACAGGACUAACAAGCCAUCUACAAGCCAUCUGCAGUGACUUACAGAAAGAUGCAUGGGGUGGACACAGUAAGCAUUGACUCUAAACAACGUUCCCACAGGGGUUAAAAGUCACAGAGGUUAUAAAGGGCAGUGUUUCUCUA